AAGAUAAACUGCAGACACUCUAUUUCUGUAACCAAAGAGGCACAAAAUGCAGGACAUCCACUGAUGCAGGUGUGCUUAUUAUUCACAUCUUGUGAAAAGGUAAGCAACAGCUGAAUUUCCUCCUGAAUGUUUAAAACUGCUGUGGUCGUGUUUGAGCAGACAUGCUGGUUUAAAAAUAGAUGAAAAUGACAAGCGUGGUAAUACGUAGAGAAGACGAGCUUUGAACUGGAGUAGAGAAUAGAGCUUUGAUCAAAUUUCAAGAGAAAGUCUCCAGUUGAUUUAAGAGUUUUGAGCAUAAUAAGCUGGUGUUUAACUGUACUGUACAGUCACUGGUGGUCAUUCUUUGUCAAACACACUGCUUACUUUUGAAGAUUGAGGUGGUGGUUGUUGCUUUCUGUUGUGCAAUUUAUGGCCACAGUUGAAAGUAACAUCUAUAAAUAAUCAUUAUCAUGCCAUUAUCAUAUUAAGGGGAGGUUUUUCAAUGUCUAGAAAUGUGAGAAAUGUUCAGGUAUGUGUAGGUGAACGAUUUGCUGUCAAAUUUUUUAGUGCGAAAAAUGUUUUUGUAAAGCUGAUUGCAUCUUAAAAAUUACAAAACGGACUUCCAGUUGAUAACCCUAUGCAGAACUGUCUCUCAAAAAUAUCAUUUUUUCACCUCCCAAAAAAGAUUCGAGCUAUAUUUAAAAAAAACUUAUCGGGUUUACUGUAACAAAGUGGAAAAAGUAUGUAUUUAACCUUUAUUGAACCAGGUUAGUCCCACUGAGAUUAAAAUUCUCUUUUUGGAGGAGGCCCGGAUAAGACUGCAGAUAAAGCACAAAGUUUCAGACAAAGACACACUCAGGGAACCACAGUAGAGUCUAUAAGCAUUAAAAAUGAGCAGUAACAAAUAAAGCCAUCUCAGAGUCAGUUGUGCAACCAGGUAAUAUAAAACACCAACAAGAGUCUUCAUCACAUUCUUUCCUUUUAGAUCUAAAAACAUUUACAGGCUCGAGCUUCUUGAGUUUCGAGUUACUCUGCUGAGGGUGCAGAUUCCCUAAAAGCCCUUUUACUAAUUUCUGUACGAGCUUUAUAGACAGAGAGCACGAAAAAGUCCUGAGAGCGCAUUAAGUACUGUCCAAUACUGUUGUAUAUCUCAUAUAAGGUUUUUUUUUGCAUGUCUUAGAGUAGAAAAGGUAAUUAUAUCAAUAAAACUAACCAGUAAAAUGAGGGUAAGUCAUGGCAGAAGUUAAAGAUUCAAAAUGUAUUUGAUUUCAGUAAAGCAGCAGCUGUCAACAUAAGCAACAAACAGAAUAUAAUUGAGGACAGCAAAUGAACAGAAAGUAAAUGAAGACUGUCCUGUCUGCUGUUACAUAUCCGAAUACAUGAAGUGUUGAAGUGGCUCUCUGUGGUUGACUUUCUUGUUGCCCGCAGCAAAGUCAGGUCACAAACCCUUAAGUAGGCAGCUGGUUUGAGUUGCCACAAAUCCUCUGCACCCAAUUUUCAUGGGGCAGGAGUUUAUUUUCCAGACUAGCCGCUCAACCUCAGAUGUGAGCUCCAUGAAUCUAAUCUCCGUCCUUUUUAUACGUCUCAUCCAACACCACUUCCCGGGGCCAAGUAAGCUCUGCAAAGUAGACAGACGGCCCCGCCGAGUGCUGGACCACAGUGCCAAAUCCAAUACUGGGUCUGAUUCUCCCUUUUGGGACUGUGAUUUGGUAGCCUGUAAUGUCUCCUGGCACUUUCACAAUCCCUCACAAUGUCCUCACUUCUAUUUUGGGUAGAUUUCCUUCCUGCUUCCUGCUUUUUUUUUUCUUUUCACCCAGAGGGGUUCAAAAAUAAAAACCUGUCAGUCAAAACUGUAUGAUUGGCCCUGGCACUGUGUCUGCAGCUCAUUUUGUAAAAGCAUGAAAAUGAAUCAUUUGUCUCAAAAAGCGUAGACAUUACACACAUGUCACAUAUCUCUGAUGUGACUAUCAAAUUUGCACUAAUGUCUCUCCUGAUUAACUUCAAAAUAUCCAAAAAUAACACACAACAAUGAUUGAUCCUCUGGUUAAAAAAUUGAAAAAUAUAUCUGUGCUUUGCCAAAAUCACUGGAGCUGCUUUCACAGUUUGACAUGUCAGUGCCAAAUAUGAGAACUACUUGUUUUGUCAUUUGGUUUUGCAGGUAUAAAUAAUUGAAAAAGUUAGGAUAGAUUUACAAAAAGUAAAAGAAAAGAAAAUCACCAGCAGUACAUCACUUGACUGAUAACCGAGAUAUUUUUGUAAGUGAUGAAAUUUCCCUGCUUCUCAGAGAUUAAAUGAAAUGUAAAAUUUCAGACAAUUACCAAGGUACAAUGUAAGCUUCUAUUUGUGCCCUUUAUUUACCCCCUAUAUUAUAAUGAUGGUAUUGUUUUUGAUUGAAUUUGUGGUGCGUAAAUGUAAUAACAUGCAUCGUUCUCCGACACUAUGCUGAUGACACCCUGCUAUACCUUUAGGUGCACCUAAAUCUGCUUUUUGACUCUGUUCUCGCCAAACUAUUUAUAUUUUUCUGACAUCUGCUACCUUCUGACAUCUUCAAGAAGUGAAGGGCAAAGGAAAUAAGAAAUCUCAAAAAUGUGAUGCAAAGGUAACAUAAGUGGGGCGCCAGUUUAGCUGAACAGUUGCAGCAGCUGAGGGUAAUGUCCUUGUUGCAGCAAAUACUAGUUCAACUUCAACAUCCAGAUUGAAAGCCAAAAGCCGGACUGAAAUCCUACGUAUGAACACCUGAAAAUGUGUGACAGAAAAAGGAUAUUUUUGGCAAAGUUCCCCAUGAAACAAAAACUGAAAAAUUCCAUAAAAUUAAAGUUUAACGCACGUUUUCAGUUGAAUUCUUCACCAUCUGUCCAGGACAACAGAUUGUUUUGUCUGUUUUUUCACUUCAAGCCUCUUGUAUUCAUUGAUUAACAUACAUCUGACCCAAAUAUGUGAAAUAAAGUUUGGAAGAAGUCAAAUUAGUUUUGACACUUAAACAUACAUGUCAUUUCUUUUAGCUUGUAUGUUUUUAUGUUAAAGCAAACUUAAACAAUCUGUUUCAUAACCAAGGUGAAACUGUCAAAAAUAAUGACAAAUCUGUCUGUAACCAAACAAAUAUUUUUUGUCUUUCAAUUAAAAGAUAAAACAUAAACUGAUAUCAACAAACAAGGAGCCCGGUGAGAACAGCCCAAGGCUACAAGCGCCUCUGUUCAGCAGCUUAUAAAGACUUUCCUCUUCUUCAGAGAGAGGAAAAAGUCCAAGGACAAAAUACCGUUGGAAGGCCACAUUCUUCAGCAGAACUCCAAACUAAUGAUGUUUUUCAUUUCUGUUUCACUCCCUCGUUAGCUGCAGAGAGAGGAAACCGCCAUGAGUCUGCUGUGAUAAUGGUGAGUUAUGGCGCUCGUACUUGCUGCUUUUCCCCGAUGGUUCCACAUGAAUGUUCCCAGGGGAAACUUUGGGAGGCUGCAGCCCCCUGUGUAAUUACCUUUUAGUGCAGAGGGGAGGAAAGAGAGUUAUUCUGCUCUGUCAUUGUUAGUGCAGAGCUAGAAGAACACAGAGCUGUAUUUCUACUUUAAUUUCGACUUUAUUUUGGGCGCAUACAUUUCACUCUUGAGGUUUCGCCGAGAAAUAUGCAGACUGGUAAUUUGAAAGCUCCUUUGGGGAACAUUAGGUUUGUGUUGACAUUUGGUGCCACCUGUGGCAGGGCUGUCUCUUUGUCUCUGUUGAUUUUGUUAGUUUUUUUUAUUCUAAGGAGAAAACUCAGUCUGCUCACUUUUAACAGUCAAACACCAACACUAACUCACUGUCAAUCUUUGCUGCAGAAAUGUUGAAAGAAUAGAUUAUUUUGGUAUUGACCUUUUACUAGUUUGAGUGGCAGCUACCCGGAGGCAACUGCCUCAGACUUGAACAAAAAUGGUAAAGAAAUUAUGGCGCUUCAUGCUUCUCGACUGACUUGCAUUUGUGAGUCAUAAAAAGGUUUUAGUAUUAAUUUUUGGUCAAUAAAAACUCAUCAUAGGAGCUCAAUGUAAAUUUGUUGUACUAACUGAUUCAUUGCCAAACUAUCAAUCAAUGGUUACACUAUAUAAACUCACCUCUUAUCAUGCAGUAGAAGUACAUUUAUAGGCAUAAUUAAUGCAAUUAUAAGGCUUUAAGACAAACAUGCUAAGUGAUUGUAAGCAUUCAUAACAACCCAAGGCAACAUGAACAAAGGAUAUUCAGCAGUGAACAAAAUGCCUUGUUAUGCUAUAAUUUAUGAUGCAUUCUACCUUCAUGUAAAACCAACAACAGUAUCUUUUAAACUCUGGGUUAAUAUCACAUUAUGACUCCCACAACUAUAUCUAAUGAUGAAAAUUCAUAAGGAGUUAAGUCAGUGUACAAACAAACAAACAAACCCUCAGUGCUAUUCUUAUGUAUAAAAAAAAAUCAUUGAAUUUUAACAACCUUUAAACAGCUCUCUCUUUUUGUAGAAACCUUUUUUUUACUUUUAUAAAGUGUUUCUAAGAUGGAUGGCUUUUAUUUAAAGUUAGUUUUUUUAUUAUUUGUCAUUGUUUGAGCCAAAUCAGUUGUGUCUCUGGAUAUUGCCAAAGCUACACUUAACUAUGUCAAAUAAGAAAAACAAAUUCUGAGUGAAAAUUAAAUGUAAAUAGUGUCUCAUUAAGGUUGAUAAAUUCUCCUAAGCAGCAAUGUCUCAUAAAUGCCCCACAUGCAAUGAUAAAUAUGCUAAUUAUGCUUUUAAUUACACUGAUUAACAUUUAUAGGUAUCUUAUAAGUCUUUUAGGGAGGUUAUGAACGGAUUUUACUAAAUUUACUAAUAAGUGAUUGAUUAAAACUUAGUUAUGGUUCCUCAGCUUAUGUUCAGGAAAUUUAACAUCAAUUUUAAGUGUAAAAUCUGUUAAAAAUGAAAUCAAAAUCUACUAUUUACGACACCUCAUCAUGAAAGUACAUAUGUGCACAUUUCCUGUAGACGCACACUCAGCCCUGACACUGACAAAGCAACCCUGCUAUUAGCUUCAUAUAAUGUUACUGAGCUCAUCUCGAUGUGUUGUUUUCUCCUGAUGCUUUCUUGAAAUGCACAGAGCUACAGGGAAAAAAAAGAAGAAGCACUUUCUUUGUCAGUAUUUUCUCGCCCAAGGCUCAAGGAUGAAGUUCACAUGGCGCUCAGGAAUAAGAAUUGAAAGUGCAGCUGUGCUAAUGAGGUAGAGUCUGUGCUGGGUGUAAAACAAAACAGCUUGUAGCUCGAUGACAGCCUUCCCUUCUGCUUGAUCUGAUCACUAUACUCAUCAGAGACUGAAGAGUGCUUGUUUAAAAGAUAGAGACGUCCUUAAAUUGAGUGAGUAAGACAAGAGCAUAAUCGUGUUUUUAUUAAAUUGUUGAAUUUCAAACAAUUUUGCCCUGGGUGGCGAGUUAUUCUUAGGGCACUGGAAUCUACUUAGUGUGCAGGAAAAGGAGACUAGAAAAAACUUUACCACCUUGACCCUAAAAUUUUUAAAUAUUAAGCAGAACGUCCGCCAACAAACUCAGGUAGUACCCUCAUAAUUUAUUAACGUGUCCUUUUCUUAUUUAUGUCUCAAGGAUCCUCAUUAGUUAUUGCUGCUGUAAUGACUGUUUCUCCUGGAGUCCUUUCAGAAAACACAUCAGAAUAAAAAGCAUUAACAGUCAGCUGACCGAAAGAGAGAAAUUUUAUUUUUAGAAAUUUAAACUCUGCAUUACUGACUGACACUUCUAUUUGUACAUGACUCUCUUUCAGGGUACGUCUGUUAGUGUAGGUGUGACUUUACUCAGAAUUGAAGCUUUAAGAGGAAAUCCCUUGAAGACAAGCAAUUGUGUCGCAACACCUCACGCAGCUUCCUGUGCUCAUUGGUGUCAUGAUGCAAAAGGCCACUUCGACUGGAUUUGUUUAAAUUGUUCUCGUGUGGUGCAGUGAUUUUAACAGUGAGAUCAAGUCUGAGCACAACCAUGUAGUUUUCCCAAUGAAGUUAAACUGCAGUUGUCUCUGUGCAGGAUGGCAGUCCAAGAAACAGAAAAAUAAACCAGAGAUGUGGUGGUUACAACAACGUGUUUGAGCCCGAGUACGACGUGGUGGAUGACCAGGAGGAGGUGCUGAAUGUGCGAAUUUUCCCUGCACGUCCCAUACACGAAGAGAGAGAGUAUGCAGGUAGAGAAAACAAUCACAUUUACACACCUCUUAGUUUCUAUAAUUUUAAACUAUAGUAAAAAAAAUCAAUAAUAAAAUUAAAAGAGUGCAUUUUUCAGGCUGGGACUGGUUUGACUGGGUCUCACAUAUUUCCAGUAAAAGUUUAUCUAUUUUCUGAUAUAAUUGGCUUUUUCCAGAUGAUGCUUAAAUGUUUUCCUUUCCUGGUGCUUUUUAAUUGGUGUGCAUUUCUUUUGACUGCACACACACGCACACACACACACACACACACACACACACUUUAACCUUAUUCACAGCAAAGCCAGGCAAACAACAACACUGAACCACGGACUAGUUCUUUGGUUGCGUGGUGUGUUUCCUCUCAGUCUGAGUAAUCUUGCUCAUCUGUAGGAGUGAACCCGACCUUUGAUGUUUGGUAACAUGCGCCUUAUUUUUGUGGUUCCCGUCUGCCUUAAAGGGGCAGUCUGAAAGGGAGACAUAUCUGUAGAAAUACAUUACAGUCUGCAAGAGUACUCUAUCAUGAGUUUAAAUCGACAAAAACAAAACAAACCAGAUGGCAUCUCUUUAACAUUGUUAAAAUUUGGAUCCUAACUACAAAAGAAGGGUUGAGGAAGUGUUAAUCGGUUGCAAGCUACAGCUACUCAAUGCCCCUAAAUCUUUAAUAUUCUUCCUUUAAAGCUAGAUUAGGAACCUUAAUUUUUGAGUCUAUUUGGCGCCCCGAUGGCUAAAGCAAUAUAUCCUAUGCUCUGUAUGUAUACUGUCUAACUUUGAAGCUCAAUAUUCUCUGUUUAACUUUGCUGUCCUAGGACUGUGCUGUUAGUUAAUCACCAACCCAUACCUAUUAGCAGCGUGACCAAGCUGUGCUUAAUACCUUAUUCUGAUUGGCCAACAAUGGUAUUUAAUUUACAACAGCAUAAGUAAUGCUAGGGACAACCUAAUAACACACAUCAUAUCAAAUCGACCAUAGUAAGCUAGCAACGAUAUUUAAGCAGCCCAAUGUGACACCAACCAUGGACUGUUAAAAUGGACGCCGCAGGGCUCACAGAUAGUAAAGCCAAAAGAUUUAGGGCUCCCCCUACUGGCGAGCUACAGUAUAAGUGCUAUUUCCAUGUUAUCAGAUAGAACAUGGAUCAAACAGAAAUCAAAAUACAUACAAAAAAUCACAUGUGGCAUUAGUCCCAUGGCUCAUUCAGACGGUUAAUUUUUGUCCAUGUCUAAACUAUGCCAGCAUCCAUUAAGGUAGCAUUAAUGCUGCGUUCCAGUUGUACUGGGAAGUCGGGAUUUCCGAGCUCAGAGUUGGAAAUUCGUCUGGAACGCCCCCAUGAAGUCGGAUUUCUGACUCAGAAAGUCGGACGAUCCUCGCCAAUUAUGACAACAGAGUCAUAAUUCAAGAUGGCAUUGCAGGGCAUUAACAGUAAAAGCUCUCGUAAUGUGUUAUUUAUCUGCGCUUUUGUUUUGUUUUUGUGAAAUUAAACAAGUGGUGUAUGUUGUACUGCCCAACGCCUCACUGUGAACACGCUGCUAUGUUGUUUGUAACAGUAAACGCAUGCGUUAUGCGUUGUUUACAACUGGUAUUGCUUACAACAACGAACAACGGCUAACGACAGCUGAUAAUUGUAAACAACAGCUAACAACGGGAUGACAUUGUGAUGGCAACAACCAUCUCAGAUAAGGAGGUCCUGCAAUCAGAGUCUUGCUCACCCUGUCAGGAGUAUAACCUGCAAAACCACCCACUGACUAAACAUCAUCCCUGCAUGCAGAGAUUUCAGAUUUUAGAAUAAAAAUAAAAAAUAUAUACAUGCUGAUUUUUUCCCUGCCACUGUCUGAAAUACCUUCUGUUAUGAUUUAGGCCAAUGAUUUGUUUUGAUUUUUACUGACUGACUGGUUGAUUCUUGAGAUGAUGUUGUUAACUUUUAUAGGUCAUAAAAAUCAUCAGUAUUAAUUUCAGUCUGUUUCAAAACCAGAUAAAAACUACUACAGGCUCAACUGUAUAAAAUAUAGCACAUAUAACUUUACUUAAAGGAACUAAACUGACCUAAAUUCACAAACUUAAGAAACUCAUAGUCUCAUACUUGUCCGAACUUCAGCAUAAAGAAGUAUUUUUACAGUUAACACAAUUAGACUGUUUCACUUUGCUUCAGAGAAUAUCUGUGACAAACAUAAUUAGACUGAAGCCGAAUGAGGAGCGGGCAGAGAACACCAGCUCCUCUGCAGACUGUGGAGAGAAUGAAAGCAGCGUGGAUCUGAGACAGAGAGCUCAUGCUGAGUGAGCAUGAUCUGCCAGUGGGUCUCCAGGGCCAUCUGUUGGCUGAGUCGGACUGCGGGAGAUUACAAUUAUCCAGAAGCCGAGGGGGAAGAGAGAGAGGGAGGCAUGUAGUGUGAAUAGACUCCCUUUACUCUCCAGCCUGGACGUGGCCCACAGCCAGGCCCCGCACAGCUGCAAGUCGACAACUUUAUACUGAAUGUGGCUUUUAAAUUUGUUCACACUCUCAGUGUUCUCCCUCUGUAAUCAAUACAGUCUGCUGCUGCAGCGCACCGCUGGGACCGCCAACGACCAACUUACAGCAAUGAUAAAGAGUAUUUAGACUGUCAAAUAUAACUGGGACGACUGAAACUACCAUCAUUACUGUCUCGCUUCUUUUGCUUUCAAGACAGGAAUCUCCCAAGAUCUUCAUCAGCUCAUAGCUUGUCUUCACUCGCUGCUGUAAGGUUUCAGUUUUCUUUGCUGAAUGUCGUAUUCGAGCCAAGUUUCUGUUCUUCAUACUUUGAUAUGCUUUAUUUAUUCUGCUCUCCUCCUCAUCAGGGAAACUCUAAUACCUACCCCAGAGAGAUCCAACUUAAUCCCACUGCAGGUAAAGUGACAAAGCUCCCAGCAACCAGAUUUAGAGUGCGGUAUCAGAUACAUCCUCAGAGAGUAGGAGCACAAAUAUGAUUUCUUUUAAAAGCAGAAUAACUAUUUUAUUUUUAAGAUAAAGUUUAACACGAGCUUCCUAAAUUCAUUACACUCUGUUUUAGACUUACUUGGCCUCACAGCAGUAUUUUAAGGUGUCAUACAUUAGCUAACGUUUGCAAAAUGUUGAUAGAUAUUGCUGUAUGAAAGACAUUACAGUCUCAGUUCACUGACUUUAUGGCUUUUCUGUACUUGGUCCUAAACUGCUGCUCAGCAAAAGCUACGCAGACAGAGUGACUCAAGCUGCAUUAUUCAAGAUCUGAAAGUAAAAGGCUAAAAAAAUGGAAAAGUGUUACUCAAAGUAGUGAUUACAUAGCAAAAUAAAGGGGCACUAAGGGAGCACAGACCUCUUAAAAAUGCUUACAGUCCACUCUUUCGUGAUGCAUAAAUAUAUAACUGGAGUAUUCAGAUUUGCUUCCAGAACUUGGAGAAAUCAGCUGGGUCAUUGUAAAUGCGAGUUCAUGAGUUGAAUCCAACACACUCACUGUACACAUGUACUAUCUUUAGGUUUAUUUAGAGGCGUGAUUGUUGGCCUGAUAACUCAAAACUUUGAGCAUGGCAGUACUUAUUAACACUCCAAGCCCUAUUACCACCAACUCUUAGAAGACAAUAAAAGUUGGACUCUAACUGUGCAGGGCUGUUAGCACCAGUGUAAGUUAAUGAGCUGUUUUUGUUUUUUUUGCAGCGAUGCUUGUUUGCGUUGAAAGAAGCUACUGUAAUUUGCUUAUUUGUUGAUAUAUCUAAAAGAGAGUGCUGGUACUCAAAUAAGGUUUUUACUCGUCGAGCCAUUUUCACAAAGACUUGACUUGACUUUACCUGCUCAAACUUCCCACUCUUGAGUGUUUUGUGAAUAUGCUCUCUAAACAUUGUUUUUUUUUUCACACACAUAGGCCCUGCUAUAAAUAGAGACCUGAAGCCUGGCAGAAAGAAAACAACCCGAUUAGGUAAAGCAAAUCUGAAAGAAGAUGUGACUACAGAUUCACCUCCUCGGCCCCAGAAAAGCACUUACUUAACAAAUGUUUACAUGUUGUUUCUACAGCUAGGAGGCCUCCACCUCCACUAGGAGAGCAGGUAAACACCUGAACUUAUUCUGCACCAGUGCGAUUGCAAAACACAUUUUUGUGCAUAAUAAUGAAUCAAUUUUCUCUCAUUCUGAUGUCCCAGCACUCACAAAGGUAAGUUGUUUUACUUCUAUGUUAUUUAUUCUAUCAAAUCUGUUAUAUUGUAUAAUAAUGUGUUUGAUUUAAGAGGGAAUUUAAUGCUGUUUGUGUGUUUCCAGAUGCCCUCCAUCAGCUCAACCGUUUGCCUCUGAGUUAGUGAGCCGCCUGUCUGCUCUGGCGCUCCAUGAACCCUGCAGAAAAGGGUGAGCACUCCUCUACCCUCCCACAUGGGUUAAUUUGCAGCACAACAUGAAGCAAGUAGAAGGAUCAGCUCUUGUACCAGUGAGCCUCUGCCCCUGUUGUUGUAGUCUGCAGUGCUUCAGCUCAGCCUGAUGUGACCUUUUUCCUCUCUCUGUGGAUGGUGGAAAACCAAAGUGACUCCACUUUGUUGACGGUUUGUGCAGUGUAGCAAUGGUACCAUCUGCUGGUUAGAAGAAUAAAUGCAGAAAAUACUUCUUUUUUUUGGCGAGGUGGGAAGUGGCAUUUUGUCUGUGUAAGAACUGAAAGAAAAUGUUUAGAGUAGAGGGCAGGGGAAGAAAGACCAACAUCUGCUGCAGCAGAGACUUCAGCAUCUUUACAGUGGACCCCUGUUUAAGCCAACCUGCAGUGUUACACCUCAAAACACCAGUCUGAAAAAAUUAAAGUAUUUACAGCAAAGUGUCAGAUUUAUAAGUGUAUAUUAUUAGUUACAUGUACUAAGGCAUUCUAAUGAAAUACAACAUUAAAAAAACAGACCAGAUGUAAUAAACAAACACACUGAUAAAGUCACAUAAUUUUAAAAAGUCCAUGUCCUCACCUUGGCUUUUGUUUGAGAUGACAUUUGUUUUGUUGGAUUGAUGUUAUAUGAAUAAAUGAAGCUAAACAAUUACUGCAAAAAUGAUAAUUAAAAUCAUUUUGGUAAUUAUAGAGAUCACCGUUAUUGGUUGUCAUUAUGAAUCAAUUUGAGGUACAACUUUUUCCUGAAAUUGAAAUAGUGUGGUGUAGUGAGAUUUUCUCAAAAUUUAAAGCUCCUGUGAGGAACUUUUGUUUUCGGUCAACUUUGGCGCCCCCUGUGGACAAAGCAGUCUCAGCUAAUCUUGUCCUCUACUUGCUGAAGUCGAGCCCCUUGAAAAAAUCUCAUCCUGCCAACUUGUGACAGUCAAACGUAUCAUUUAAUGUGUAUAUUUUAUGCAGUAAUUGUAAAGCAGGGCUGUUUCUGCAGCUGCUCAGCUGACACCUACCCCCUCGGACAAGUUUUGGGAAUUAAAAAUGCAAAUGGAUAUCAUAAAACAGCAUCAAUAUGAAUUUCAGUAUAUUUCAUAAACUUCCCUACUGGAGCUUUAAGUUGGUUGAUGUGCUUAAAAACUGUCGACUGUAAACAAACUGUCUUUUGUAAUUUCAGAGGUCAGAGAGCAACAAGACAAGUGAGUAAGGAAACACCCAACAGCUUAUCUUAUCUUAUUUUUCACAUCAUGUUUUUACAUAAUGUGUCCUUGCUGCACAGUAAAAAAAAUUUCUUAAAAAAAUCGCUUCAUAAUUUGCUUCCUUGAAUUAUUUUAUUUGUUUUCUUUUAAAAUCUUUGAACAGGGAGGAUUCAGUCAGCAGUCCAGAGGUAAGAGUUAAAUAAUGAUUUCAGGUUCAAAUUUAAAGUCAAAAUGUAGUAAUAUUUAAUGCUUUCUAGAUCCAGAGAGAGCUGACCAUGCUUCUACCCCACACACCAAUCAAAGACACUCUUUGGAUCUGGAAACUCAUGACAUAGAGAAAAGGUUCACCUUUCAUUUCUUAAACAGAUUUUUACCACCGUUGAGUUUGGAAAUGUCAAGUUUGAUUAUAUUGUGCAUUUUCUUCUUUAAGGUCACAACAAAAUCUGGGUGAGUAAUGUUAAAAGAAAAUAAGCACCAGUCUUACAACUAUUGAUUCAUAAAGUAAUCAUCCACUCCUGCUUAAAGAAAGGGUGUCAUCAAAACGUCAUCACCAUGAGUGGCCUCAAACUAAAGAAGACUUUGACCAACAUGACUUUGUUCCAAUGGAAAAACCUCAGCAGGUAAAUUUGCAGCCUCUUUAAAAAGCAUCAAAUAGUCUAAAGUUUUUUUAUUCACUGGACUCUGUGAUAUUUAACAGACUUAUUGUCAAGAAGACUGGUACAUCGGGCCUUGUAAUCGAGCAGACGCUGAGCACGCCUUACACCUGGUGAACAAGGUAAAGUGACUUUUCUCCUGAGAACACAUGACUCAAAAUUAGUCGUAACAUUUCUGAAGCUAAAACUGUCUCCUUUUUGUCACAUUCACUCUCGUAGGAUGGGGCUUUCCUGGUCCGAGACUGCUCCAUCAACACUGAUAGUCAGCCCCUGGUUCUGGCUGUGUAUUACGGGAAAAAGGUUUACAAUGUGAAAAUUCGAUACAUGGAGAACAGCAGCAAGUAUGUCCUGGGAACAGGACAGCGACAAAAUGAUGUGAGUAGGCUUACACAAAGAGAAAACUAGAAAAUUCCCUCUGGGAAGUUAUGAAUGGGGCACAGGUGACUACUGCAGAGGAGUUUACAUUAAGAUGAGAUUCUUCAGAGAUUUCUGAUCAUUAAAACUACUGUGAUAUUAUACACAGGGAGCACACCUACAACAAACAUUCCUUUAACUACAAUAAUUGCUCUUUUUUCUCUAACGUCUUAUGUCAUGAGAAAAUUCGUAUAGGGGAGAGUGGGGUAAGUUGAGCCACCCCCUGUUGCUUGGAGAUGAUUAUGUGACCAAAUAUUUAGGAGAUGGGCAUCAAUUCAUGGAGUCUGUGAAGGUUAGAAGCGCAUGGGUGAAGGGGUUGGACAUUUAUUUCCAAAAAAAACAUAAGUCAUAAGUUUUACUAGAAUUGUGUUCAGACCAAAACAGAUCAUUUUAAAUUUGUUUUAUACAUCAAUUGUGGUAUCUAUGAGCUACAACAUGAGGUCAAAAACCUAGCAUAAAAGUCCACCAUUUUAGUUUAGAGGAAUAAUAAAGUCAUAAUAGUCGUUCUGGGGUAAGUUGAGUCAGUGGCUCAACUGAGAAAGUAAAGAAGUCUGAUGAGAGGAUCAGAGUUUCAGUUCAGAUUGUUGAAAUGUUUUACUUUUUCUUUUCAAAAAUACAGCUGUGAAUGUUCUGAAUCACCUAAAGGCAUUCUCAUGUUAAAAUGGAUUUUUACUAAACAGCUUUUUAGCACUUAUAUGCAAUAAUAAUAAUAAAAAGAAUUAUUGUACCAGUUGAAUUGCAUGUAAUAGAUAAGAACACACAUGAAUGUGAAGAAGUGACUGUUAUUUAGGGAGAAAGAAGGUGAGGGAGGGCUGGGGUGGAGAGUGGGGGGGUUGUAGGGAUACGGCUCAACUUACUCCAUACACGGGGUAAGUUGACCAUAGGAGACCCCUUUUUUUGGCAUGCUAUAUUAUCAAGACAGUUAUGUUUACACUCUUUGCUGUAAAGUUCAUAGCAUCUCUGUUAUAUUGGAGCCAGUGCAUUUAUGUGUUUGCCACUAAUUAGGAUUCUGAUUGAGUGUCAGAUUUUAUCGUUAAUCGAAUUGUUCUGAAAGAGAUUCAGUGAUGCAGUGAUGUCAGAGCAGUCCCUGAUUAGUGAAUUGGUCUCAGCUGUGGGCCUGGCCUUAGGCUCACAGGUUGCCACGACGAUAAACGCUGUGGUCAUUGUAAGGAGUCCUGAAUGCUUUAAUAUGAUUUUGGUGUUUCUAAGGUAAAUAGUUUGGACAUACUUGCAAGUUAUAAACAGGAGUCCCUUCUGCCUGUCUCAGAAAAUCUUUGUAUAUGUGUCAAUGAGGAGCAGAGAGAGACAUUACAACACGUAGAGGCUCAGUAUUUAAAGUCUGUAACUCUCUCUGUUUAGAUAAACACAUCAUUACAGGCAGAGCAAGUGUGUCUACAACUGUGGGGAAAACUGUAAAACUGCCAGGUCAGCUACCGAGGGAUGGACAACGUCUCUCCACUCACUACCACUGUCUGUUACUGAUAACAGCCUCAGCAAACCGCACUUUAGACAACAGAAGAAAACAAAUAUGUUUACUUCAGAGGAAGAGCAACCAGCUAGAAUGUUUAAGUGGAUCCAAAAGCAGGAAAUUUGUAAAAAGUAUCAAAAGUUUUGGAGUAAGUUUCCCCAAAAAAUGACACUCAAGUAAAGUAGAGUUACUUAAAAUGCACAGAAGUGAAGUAAAUUUACUUAGUUAAAGUAAGUUUUGAAGUUGACUUUAAAACCAGUGGUGUGACUUUCACAGUGGAAAAGUAAACUUUAAGUUCAAGUUUAAAUCGAAAGCGUAUACUGAGAGACAGAGACUGGCUCUGCUUGGUGAAACUUUUAUUUUAGAACAAUCACUCCUUGAUUAUAUUUCAGUGCAUUGUCUGCCUUCACCACCUUAAAAAUUCACACAAUUUACAUUCACUUCAACAGAUCUUUUUACAUGUUUUUCCCCCACAGAUGUUCGACUCAGUAGCAGACAUCAUCAAGUUCCACUCCAUUUUCCCAAUAACACUCAUCAGUGGGAGGAGUAUCCCAGGCAGUAGAUGUCCAGAGAACUGUGUGCUGACAUGUUCAGUUACAAAAAGUGAUGUUGACCAACUGCUGCAAUGA